CGACGGUAGCCCAUUCAGUUUUUCACUCUCCGGUUCUCAAGUACUCCUAAGCGAAGCUACGCCAUUUCGAUCCGUCACUCUAAAGCAGAUUUGUUUUAGCAACAUACCUACAUAAUGUCGGACAACUGCCGCAGUGAGAAAUGCACCAAAUCGGAACUUAAGACCCGAUCAACCGAUUCACGUAAUUGGCGUCAAGGAUUCACCGCGCGUUUGAAGAAUUCUGUUUUGGCAAUCUACCGAGCGUUGAAUGAGGACCUGUUCGAAACACCGUCAGAGCCAGAUUCUCCCCGACGUACGCUGGUGCGCGGCGCAUCCAGGACUACGAUCACGACAACCACAACGACCACGAUCGUCACGACCCGGGAAGAGACAACUACCACUACCCUGGUCACAACGAUCACGGCCAUCACCACCUCGGUCACCAUCGCCAACUGCGUCACAACAGACAUCGCCAUUAGCGCCAUGACCUACUCAAAAUCCACCAUCCCUUCCGCUAUGACCGAGGAGACGAUGACCACCAAGUCGACGAUUAUCACCACUACUACUAACACUACCGACAUCAUCCCCACUCCCAAGACCACUACCGUCGUCACAAAAACCAAUACUUGCACCCAUACAUUCUAAGAAAUUAUAGUUAAAGUCUCAGCUCAUCAAGUUUAUCGAAUUUCCAAACUUAGGUUUUAUUAAAUUUGCAUUGUUUUAUUGUAUCCAACUAUAGUCAUCAUUCCGGUAAACCUAUAAUAAUUGUUUAAUACUGUUUAUUAUGAUAUUAUAUGUGUGU